UACCCCCGGUCAGCCAUUGUCAACUAAUAGCUCCUGCUUAGAAUCCCACACCUUGGUCAUCACUUGAUGAUAACGAGACCUGAAACACACCGUGGCAAUGUGGGAAAUUGCACCGCUUCCGCUGCUAAACGCAGCCGACCGCGAGGGAGUUCCACCUGCAGGCCAAGCCGAGGCGACAUAUCAGCGUGUCAUCUCAGCCCUGUGCUGUGUAUCGAAUUACUGCAUACACAUUACAUUGUCUGAGGCUUCUCUGCUUCUCUCUCUCGCACUCGUCCCGCAUGGCACUGCAUCGGCCGCUACUUACAUCGUGUACAUGUUUCAUGGACCCAUAAGGCAGCCAACGUCGAGUGUCUUUCCCAAGCCACCGCGCCGCCGAGGUCAUGGCCGCAGAAGAAGCCUUCCGCGCCUACAUCGGAGUGCAGAUACCUCGGUCCAGGGCGUAUAUACUGAGACAGUGCAGGUGUCUCCCCUGCUUUGUGUGAUGCUUCCUUCGCCUUCGAUGAUCUUUCCAUUUCGAGGUCAGACUAAACUGGUCCUGCCACACCCCUCGUCGACUAAGGAGACCCUGCCGCUGUAAGGUAGAACAGGCAUGGCGCUACAUACUUACUUUACAGCUUGGGUGAGAUAUGGUGCUUCCUGUUUUGGACCACUACUCAGUCUCUGUCCGGGGUUCCGCCUGCUCAGUCAUCCUUCCGCAUCUACAUCUCUUUUCUUAAGCCUCCUCUUCGUCCGU